AUGGGCAUCGCCGAGUCCACGCCGGACGAGCUGCCGUCGGACGCCGAGGAGCAGCUGCGCAGCGGCGAGCAGCAGCUGGAGCUGAGCGGGAGGCGGCUGCGGCGGCUGCCGAGCGCCGUGUGCGCGCUGAGCCGCCUGCAGAAGCUCUACGUGAGCGGCACCGGGCUGCGCGAGCUGCCCGAGGAGAUCGAGGAGCUGCGCGAGCUGCGCAUCCUGGCGCUCGACUUCAACAAACUCGAGCGCCUGCCCGACGGCCUGUGUCGCCUGCCGCGCCUCACGCGCCUCUACCUGGGCGGCAACCGGCUGCUGGCGCUGCCCGCGGACUUCGCGCAGCUGCAGAGCCUGCGCUGCCUCUGGAUCGAGGGCAACUUCCUGCGGCGCUUCCCGCGGCCGCUGCUGCGCCUGGUGGCGCUGCAGUCGCUGCAGAUGGGCGACAACCGGCUGCGCGCGCUGCCCGCCGAGCUGCCGCGCAUGACGGGCCUGCGCGGCCUGUGGCUCUACGGGAACCGCUUCGAGGAGUUCCCGCCCGCGCUGCUGCGCAUGGGCCGCCUGCACAUCCUCGACCUGGACCGCAACCGCCUGGGCGGCUUCCCCGACCUGCACCCGCUGCGCGCCCUGCGCGUCUUCUCCUACGACCACAACCCGGUCACUGGGCCCCCGCGCGUCGCCGACACCGUCUUCCUCGUGGGCGAGGGCGCCGUCGAGCGCAUGGCCGAGCGCGACGAGCCCACGCCCCGGCCGCCGCCCCGGCGCCCAGCUCGGGCCUUUGAGGAUGAGGAGGAAGAAGACCUACUCAUAGGGGGCGGUGGCCCCCGGGCUCUGGGGCCCCCCGGGGGCAGCCUCCCCGCCCUGGAAGCCGCUGCAGGACUGGGCACCUGAGCCUAUGCUCUGGGUGAUGGACUUGGGCCAUUCUGGGAGGAGGGGCUCUGGGAAGGUCUGUGGGAACGGUGGACCCCUACCACGGGGCACUGGAGGGGCCACUUGGGGCGAGCUGUAGGGACAGGCAGGCCUGGGCGUCAUCUUCACAUACUCCUCGUUGGUAAGCAGCCUGCCACCUGGCUCAUCUCCGGGCAGUCCUCAGACAGAGAAGUCCUGGCUCGGUCUAGUCCCCUCUGGCUCUGUCCCGUCUGACAGAGUCACUGACAGCACAGUGGGGAUGCUGGCUUCCUCCUGGAGCCGUGUCCGCGCUGUCCCGGAAUCACCACCUCUGGCUGAGUCUGGAUGCCCAGGGUGCCACACCAGCCCCUCCUCCUCCUGGAGUUUGGAUCUCCUAGACCCACCCUUCCUGGUGCAGGAGCAGCUACCUCUGGGGUGGGCCACAAGCCCGUGUGAGCCCGAACUGUCCUUGGAGGAGGGCCUGGGCCGAGCGCCAGUGCCCAGGACAGAAGUGGGAGAGUGGGAUUGGGGCCCUAACACCGAAGCUGCCCUUGCCCCUCCACUGGGGCUCAUUGCACAUACCUCCCUUCCCAGGCCCCCUAAAACUUGCAUGGGGGAGGGGGCGCUUAGAAGGCAGGGUCUCCACCCCCACCUUUGAUUCUGUUCUGUUCUCUUGUGCCUGGAAUCUCGCUGGGAGCCGAGCGCUCUCUCCCCCUUCCCCACAGCCUGAGCCUUCCAGCUGUCAAGUUUGAAAAGAAGCCACUGGGCCUCUAGGGCCUCCUGCACGGAGGAGAGAGGCUCUCUGCUCUGGGAGGCUGUUCCAGUGCCUCUCCCACUGCCUGCACUCUCCAUUCCCUUAAAUGGGCACAGUCGGGGUGGCUGGCACGGCGUGGGGCACGGGACAAGCGCUGUGUCCCUCCACUCCGUCACCAGGGACAACCUCAGGGGCUGAGGAGUGGGGUGUCGUUCUGCAAUUCCCAGGGCCAGAUCUUUCCCAUCCAAGCAAUAACGGAAGGAGGGGGCCAGGGCUAGGGACACUCAGGGACACUGUCAGGGGCAGGGGCCCCACGUGGUAGUGUUUUCUUUAGGAAGAAAAAAAAAACCUGGCUGUAAACAUAAAUAAUAUU